CACGUCCUGCUCUGCACUUGCCCUUUCCAGCACCAUGGCUGACCAGAAAGAAGUGAAAUACUAUACUUUAGAGGAAAUAAAACAACACAACAACAGCAAGAGCACCUGGAUACUCAUCCACAACAAAGUGUACGAUGUCACCAAGUUCCUUGAAGAGCAUCCAGGUGGGGAAGAAGUGCUGAGAGAACAAGCUGGCGGAGAUGCAACAGAGACUUUUGAAGACAUUGGUCAUUCAACAGAUGCAAGAAAUAUGUCUAAAGAAUUUAUUAUAGGAGAACUUCACCCGGAUGAUCGAUCCAAAAUCCAGAAACCAACUGAAACCUUCAUAACUACCACUGAUUCAGAUUCCAGCUGGUGGAGCAAUUGGAUUAUCCCUGGAAUAUCUGCAUUCAUCGUAGCCUUGAUGUAUCGUUUCUACAUGGCGUCAGAAUAAAUAGAAUAUGGGAAGCACUGAGGAAACAGUUCUGCUCCAAAUCAUUUUAAUUACCUAUGGUCAUCAUUUUACGAUGGCCAGAGUGGAGCUGUUGUUAAUUCUGCGCAUGUUCUCUAAGUGCAAUUUCUGUUCCCUUUAUUCAUGUUUUUUUACACACAAAAAGAGGAGAUUAUGUCUUCUUCAGUACUGGGCAAUUUUGCUAUCCAUUCUAAUUACAAAAAUAUUAAUAGCUUCUUUAGACUUUUAAUAAAGAACAAGAAUGAUAACAUUUGUUGAUCAGAAGUGAAAAUUGACUAGCACAUUUAAUGUUAACUGACAUUCCCUAAUCUAUAUUGUAGGUAGUCCAUAAUAAAUUGUAUCUGUUAUUCCAACAUAUAUAUAUAUAUAUAUAUAUAUAUAUAUAUAUAUAUAUAUAUAUAUAUAUAUACUUUGUAUGAUUACUCAUCAUAAAAUAUAAUGCUUUCAGUCAUCAGUCCAUUAAAUGUGACAUGCUGAUUGAUGUGGGUUACAGUAAAUGAAGCAGUUACAUACUAAUAAGGCCCAAACAAAUGAAUGUCAUGCUGUCCUAUUGCAUAUAACCUUUGUACCAAUGGCCUUUGCAAGUAAUUAUAUAGCCCUAUGUAUUCCCUGUACCUAAUUUUCAAGUUCCAUCCAUCUCAUCUGGUCCUCUUCUCUGUUUUUACCACUUUGAUUGUCCUCAGUUGGUCCUGGAACUAGAGAUGCUCUGUGUGUUUUCAUGAUAUUACUUUUGCCCAUUAAGUUGGUACAGAAACCUUAUGCUACUGGCCAACCUUACAGUGCAAAUCUGUCUGUUGGUUUCUCAACAUUAUGUAGUAGGCAUCUCGGUUACCCUGGAUAGCUCUUUGUAAACUGCAUUCUGCUCUUUAUGUUCUAUAUAAUUAGUUCAACAUGGUUUUGCAAAAAUGUUCUUUGCAUUUUGAAUGGUAUUCACAGAUAGGAUUUAUAUUACCAGAAUGCUUAGCAGAUGUAGGAGGUAAGCACAUUCACCCAUUUCUCUUAUUCCAUCAUUAAAUCCAAGCAGUCUUUUGUUUUUUUUUGGUUUUUUACCAAACUGAAAAGGAUUAUCUGACCUGUGUGGGUACCGAUGGGUCCAAGGUAUUUUUCCAUUGAAAUAAAUAGUGAGUGAAUCUGGGCUUUGUAUCCUCUGGCCUGGAAGCAAUUAAACACCCAAGUGUCAAAAGGCCUGCAAUCAGGCUGUGUUAUUUUUGCUCGAAAACUGUGAAAUGAGUAGUUUCUGCUUUUGUUGGGCACAAAUACAGUGGUUUUUACUGUCUCUAGAUUCCCACCCCUCAAAAAUUAGCAUUGGUUCCUCCAUAAGAAACAAAAAACAUAUCUUAAGCAAGCUACAAUUAGCAGAUACUGUUAUUUCAGAAAAGAAAAAGGGAAUGACCAACUUUAAAGGAAAACAUUUAAAAAAAA